AUGGCUGCUAUAAAAUCACUUCUCAAUCCUAUGAUGGACACAGGUGACCAAGACAACAACAGCAUGGACAGCAAAGACGACACAUCCACAGUUGAAAGUGAUUUUGGUGUCAUAUCAGAUGCACUCGGUGACACUCGCAGAAAACAGACUCACAAGAAGCAAAAGAUGUCCAAAGAUGCAGCCAUCUUCAAGCCUGGUCCAAUCCGUGGUGACUGUCGUUACCCUCCACAUGAGGACCACGACGAAUUCACAGCGGCCAAGCAUGAGGCACUGAGUGUCUUUCCCACGGUUGGACUUUCCACUUACGCAAGACACAUUCCGUACAACAGUGAGAAGAAACUUUUCCUGGAGAAGACUGGCCGAGAGUGUUUUGAAGUCUUCCAAUACACCUUCAAGAUCCCCACUGAGAGUGCCACAUAUACCAUGAUCUGGGAUUACAAUAUUGGCCUUGUACGCACCACUCCUCUUUUCAAAUGUGGACAGUACUCGAAGACAACUCCGGCGAAAAUGCUAGCACGCAAUGAAGGCCUCAAAGAAAUCUGCCAUAGCAUCACGGGAGGAGCAUUGGUAGCACAAGGUUACUGGAUUCCCUACGAAGCAGCCAAAGCCGUCGCCGCAACAUUCUGCUGGAAUAUUCGAUACGCCCUAACACCCGUCUUUGGUAAAGACUUCCCAGCAACCUGCCUGCACCCAGACCACGAGGAGUAUGGCAGUAUGCAAAUCGACCCUGAGAUCACCAAGCGCUGUGCCGAGCAAGCCCGCAUGUAUCGAGAGCUCGAACAACAGCACGGCGUCUCUACCUUGACCUCCACGUUGAACAUGACCUUGAACAAUUCCCCAACCCUCAUGUCCGUGUCCACGUCCACGUCUCGCAGUCCACAUAUCACCACAACCCCGAAAGGCAAACGCCAAUUCAAGAAGAUCAUGCCCAAGCCUCUCGAGAUCAGCUCCUCUGGCUUCGCAAGCGAUGUCUCUUCUCUCAAUGACUGUGAUGGCGAAGCGAGUCAAGACGAGCGGGGCCGACAUGACGAUGAUGACGACAAAUACGUGCUCUCAUCCCCAGCCUCUCAAGCCGGUGGCAGUGGUGGCGGUUUUGCCCAACCAUGGUCCGCAAUAAACAGUCCCAACUCGAUGCGCUCUCCAUCGCCCAAGAUCAAAUUCCGCAAUCCCUUUGCCCCACCACACUCUCCAGCCAGCAGCACGCGCUCAGACUCACCCAAUGGCGGCGGCUCGCGACGCAAGAGACAUCGUGCUGCGAGGGUCAUUCCACGCUCAUAUGCUCCACUCGACACACUCCCGCCUCCGUACAAACCGCUUUUUCCAGGUCUCGUCAUCGCCAGUGGGGCUGCGUCUGGGUCGAAGGGCAAACAUGGAGCUCAGACUGAGACUGGAGAGGGCGAUGAGAGUGAAGCAUUGCCGUCACCGAAAGCCCAUGCUCGUCAUGCUCACUAUCAUCAUCACCACCGUCGCAUGGAUCUGGACGAGGACUAUGACGCCGGCUCCGACGACUCAGAUGUCCCUAUGGAUUCGACUGGUGUCGGACCACCAUCUGCAGGUUCAGGUGUUGGUAUUGGCAAUGACAAGCAUGGUGGUUCAAGCACAGCUCGCAAGAAGUCGACCAAGGUGUUCACGGACUUCAAUGCUGCCCUUGUACUUAUGCAGAUGCGUGAUGUCAGCACGACUAUGACGACGGGGUUGAGACGGCUUAAGCGUCCUGCUUCGCUUUGA